CCAGGCCUGGACCCUGUCUUCUGGGCCGCAGAUGCUGCUCUCUAAAGUGAAAGUGAAAUGAGGAAAGAGGGCCAAGUGGUCUGUAGGGGAAGGGUAAUUAGCAUCUGUGUCAAGGUUUACACUACCGUUCCACCGUCCAGGCUUGCCUAACAGAUGGAGUGAAGCUUCAGAGACUCACUGAGGAGGAAGAAAGAGGACCUCCCUCCUGACUCUUUAGAGAGUGGGUGGAGAACUCUUGCAAUAUCCUUGAGUGUUAUCCAGUAAGAAGAUCUUAAACUGGUGAAUUUAUCAUUGGGUUUUCUGUUGUGGUCAGAGCACUCGCUACAUCCUUUCUCCAUCGGGAAGGGGAAAAAAAAAAGCGACACUGUUCCUGCACACACUGUCAGACUUAUGAGGCCACAAUUGACAUACAUGCUUGAAGGAGAAAGUGCUCUAUUGUGUCUUGUUUUUCCGUUCGAAUUAUGUCCUCCUGAGACUGUGGCUGACCCUUAGGCCCAUGGCCGUCCUGAAUGUGAUUGACAUGCGUGAUUAGCAGGCAAGUGAGAGAGAACCAGGGAAAUUGCUAUCAAAACAAUUACAUACAGGGACAUCUGAACAAUGGCUUGAGAGCCCCCAGGGACUUAGAGACCAUCCUAGCUCUGCCACGGAUGCCCUCUGGGACUGUGGCCAAGUCAGAUCAUCUCUUUGUGUCUUCGUUUCCUCCUGUUAUGGUGCCAUGACGUGGACGGGAUCGAAUUCAUCAUUGGACCCCUGGAACCUCUCAUCCAGGACCCCAAGUGUGUGCUUUUGAAGACUUUAUUUCACUCCUGACUGAUUAGAGAUCUACUGGAAGGAAAACAAAUACAAAUUGCUGUCUUGUCUGGAAUCACAUGUACUCAGGUGACAAUUUACAGAAAGUCAACUCUGCAACUUGAUGGGCGACAACCCUUUUCAGCCAAAAAAUAAUUCAAAAAUGGCAGAACUCUUUAUGGAAUGUGAAGAAGAAGAGUUGGAACCAUGGCAGAAGAAAGUAAAAGAGGUUGAGGAUGAUGAUGAUGAUGAGCCAAUCUUUGUUGGAGAGAUAUCAAGUUCAAAACCAGCAAUUUCAAAUAUUUUGAAUAGAGUAAACCCAAGCUCAUAUUCAAGGGGAAUAAAGAAUGGUGCGCUCAGUCGAGGUAUUACUGCUGCAUUCAAGCCUACAAAUCAACACUACACGAACCCAGCAUCAAAUCCAGUAGCUGCCUCGCCUGUAAAUUUUCAUCCUGAAUCUAGAUCUUCAGAUAGUUCUGUUAUUGUUCAGCCUUUGUCUAAACCUGGUUAUAUAACAAACUCAUCACGAGUUGUGUCUAAUAAUUCUUCAGAGUUACUAUUUGAUUUGACCCAGGAUACAGGAUCAUCACAUUACCAAGGGGGACCGACGCUUUCUAUACCAGGUAUGAAUGAAAGUUCGUUUUUAUCAAAACGUCCUUCUACUUCUGAAGUAAACAGCGUUAAUCCAAAAAAACCUAAGCCCAGUGAUGGUGUUUCUGGAAUAAAUUCUUCAGCUGUAUUUCCUUCAGUUAAGUCUCUUUCAGUGACAUCUCCCCAGGCUACAUCAUCAAAAGGUACAAAUACCUCAUCAAAUCAAUCUAAAAAUGGAACACCUUUUCCAAGAGCUUGUCCAAAGUGCAAUAUUCAUUUUAAUCUUUUGGAUCCUUUGAAAAAUCACAUGAAGUACUGUUGUCCAGACAUGAUAAAUAACUUUUUAGGACUGGCUAAAACAGAAUUUUCAAGUACAGCAAAUAAAAACAAGACUGUUGAUUCAGAGAAAGGAAAAUUGAUCAUGUUAGUUAAUGACUUUUAUUAUGGAAAACAUGAAGGAGAUAUUCAGGAAGAACAGAAGACUCACACAACCUUUAAAUGCUUCAGUUGCUUGAAAAUUCUUAAAAAUAAUAUUAGGUUUAUGAACCACAUGAAACACCACUUGGAACUUGAGAAGCAGAGCAGUGAGAGCUGGGAAAACCACACCACCUGCCAGCAUUGCUACCGUCAGUUUCCCACACCAUUUCAACUGCAGUGUCACAUUGAAAGCACGCAUACACCUCAUGAAUUUUCUACCAUUUGCAAAAUCUGUGAAUUAUCAUUUGAAACAGAGCAUAUUCUUUUACAACAUAUGAAGGACAAUCAUAAGCCCGGUGAAAUGCCAUAUAUUUGUCAGGUUUGCAAUUAUAGAUCAUCAUCAUUUGCUGAUGUGGAAACUCAUUUUAGAACAUCCCAUGAAAACACUAAGAACUUGCUAUGUCCAUUUUGCCUCAAAGUUAUUAAAAUUGCAACACCCUACAUGCAUCAUUAUAUGAAGCAUCAGAAAAAAGGAAUACAUCGUUGUACAAAAUGCAGACUGCAGUUUUUGACAUGCAAAGAGAAAAUGGAUCACAAGACUCAGCAUCAUAGAACAUUUAUAAAACCUAAACAACUAGAAGGAUUGCCUCCUGGAACAAAAGUUACUAUUCGAGCUUCAGUUGGACCUCUUCAGUCAGGAUCUUCAACUACAUCUUCCAUUAGUGCAAGCACUUCUACUCUUCAGCUCUCACCUCCAAGGACUAAAAAUAUAACUGCUAAAAUUCCCACAAAAUCUAACACAACCAAACCUAAUACAACUAAACCCAAUACAAGUAAACCUAAUGCAAGUAAGCCUAAUGGAAGUAAAUCUAAAUAUAAAUCAAAAAUCUCUAAUAUACAAAAGAAACAAAGCACAUUGGCUAGUAGCAAUAAAAAAAGUAAAGUCAAUACAGCAUUGAGGAACUUAAGGUAUCGUCGGGGAGUUCACAAGUGCAUUGAGUGUUGUUCCGAAAUAAAAGAUUUUGCAAACCACUUUCCUACGUAUGUCCAUUGUAGUUUUUGCAGAUACAACACUAGCUGUAGCAAAGCCUAUGUAAAUCAUAUGAUGAGCUUUCAUAGUAAUCGUCCAAGUAAAAGGUUUUGUAUUUUUAAGAAGCACUCAGAAGAUCUCAGGGGCAUUACUCUAGUGUGCCUUAAUUGUGAUUUCAUAGCUGAUGUUUCUGGCUUAGAUAAUAUGGCCACACACUUAAGUCAACAUGAAACUCAUACUUGUCAAGUUGUAAUAGAGAAAGUUUCUGUUUGUAUCCCAACUUCUGAACAUCUUUCUGAAUUAAAAAAUGAAGCUCCCACUAAGGAACAAGAACCUGUGUCUGAGGAAAUUACAAGAACUAAUAUGGCUGAAGGAGAAACAGAAACAUCAAAUUCUGAAAGUAAACAAGAUAAAGCUUCUUCAGAGGAAGAAAAAAAUGAAUGUGUUACAAAUUCAUUUGAAGGCUCAUUAGCAACAAAAAAUGAAGAAAGCAUAACAGUGUCAAAUAAGGAAAAUGAUACCUGUCUUGAAGAUCAGAAAACUGGCUUAAAGAAUAUCUUCAGCCAUGAUUCAAAUAUUGAUGCAGAUAAAGUAGAAAAGGAAAAACAAAUAGAGCAUGUUUGUCAGAAAAUGGAGUUGAAGAUGUGCCAAAGUUCAGGAAACAUAAUUUCUUGUGAUCAGAAUGAAGAUUCCAACUCCAGUGAAGCUAAGUUUUCUUCAAAGAAUGUUAAGGAUUUGCGGUUAACAUCUGGUGAUGUUAGCAUUGAUCAAUUUUUGAGAAAAAGAGAUGAACCUGAAUCUAUUAGUUCUGAUGUUAGUGAGCAAGGCAGUAUUCAUUUAGAACCUUUGACUCCAUCAGAGGUACUUGAGUAUGAAGCCACAGAGAUUCUUCAGAAAGGUAGUGGUGAUCCUUCAGCCAAGACUGAUGACGUAGUAUCUGAUCAAACUGGCAGUGUUCCUGGGGAAAAUAGCCCUAGCACAACAGAGACAACAGUAGACCUGGCAGAUGAAAAAGAAAGAAGUUGAAAUUUAUUAGUCAUUCUAAGUUUAGUGUACCAAUGGUAAUAACAUUUGGAACAGUGCUAUCAGGUGAACUCAGUGGUGCUGUUCUGUAGAGUUCAGAAAUAGAAAAUUGUGAGGGAGGUCAUUCAUCUACACUUUACCUGUAUGUUCAAUCCAGGUUAUUAAAGAAAUCAAUUCACCCAUAAUAGCAUGAUUUGUAUUUCCAAAAAGCCUUUAAAACUAUUAUGGAUUUUAAUGAAAGCUAAGUUUGCAAUGGAAAAGUCUCAUUUAACAGUUUUUGAAGAGAAGUUGGUGGCCAGUAUGAAUUGAUUUUUAGAAUAUUAAUUAUAAUGAUAAAGCUUUUGAAACUUCCAUCAGUCCUAAGCUAAAAGUUCUUAGUACCUGUAUAUUCUUUUCAGGUUACUUAAAGGAAGAGAUUUGGAAACCACAUACCUUUUGGGAAUAAUUGAUUUAAAGUAAUGGCUGAUAGGCAUUGUUAACGAAGGCUUCAUUUCGAGUAUGAUGCUGGUAAAUGGGGCAUGCUUAGAGUGCUAAGUUAAUUGAUCUAAUGAGAAUUUGGAUGAACGUAAAGUUAAUUUUGGAUUUAAUAUAACAUUCCAGACUGUCACAAGCAUGUAAACAGAAUAUUUGAAUCUGUGUACCUCCCUACAAGUGUGAGCCUGCAAGGCUGUAAGCUUACCUUAAUUAAACUUUCAGUGAAAGUGACAUUAUUAAUAUGUAAAUUUAUAUUUGUGCUUUUUGUCAGUGUGUAAGCUGUGCAGAAAUCCCUUGAUGUGCUAGUUGUAUAAAAUAGAAACCCAUUGUUGAAACUCCUGUAGCUAUUAUGCUUUUAAUAUUGUUUUAAUGAUCUUUAGAAAUAGACCCAUAAAAAUGGUCUGGACACCAAACCAAAGUAUGGUAUAAUGUAGAUAUUGUAAAGCAGUAAAUGGAAAACAUGUCCUGGCUCAUGCCAUGUUUAAGUGACUUUUUCUUUAAUUGUAAAAUAGAAACUUCAAAUGGGACCUAAAGCAGUGAUGUAAAAAAUUGGUUUGGGACAUUUAGUCUAAUUUAUCCAUAUCCUAUUUUAUCCACAAAAUGGCUGCUAAAUAGAUUUUUCAGUUGUUUUUUAUCAUCUAGAAAAUAGUAGAUAUAGAAAUAAAUAAUAUGGAUAAAGUAGUUUGCUUUAAAGUACUUAAAAUUUUAUUUAAAAUGCUACAUUUUUACUUCUUAAAAUGUGCUUUGAAUUCUUAAAUUUUGUUUCAUUGAAUGUUAAAUGUUAUAAAUGGCUAUUAAAAUUCUGCUGUAUAUAGUAGUUUUUGAGUAAAUAUUUGCAAUAAAAAUCUGUCCCUGAAUAAUUUUAUUUUUCAGAAACCUGCUUGAGUCGGAUUACCUUUGGCGCCUUUAGAAAUUGUAUACUUGUUCAAGGAAAUUUCAUGUUGAAGUUAGUGGUAGGAUUUCAUUCUGUAUUCUUUAAUUGAUGCAUGAUUUAUUUUAAAUUAGGACUUAAAGUACAGGGGAAAAUACUGUUAAUAUUUACAGAGAAUAUAUCUGCUUUAAAAAUUCUUUUAUUGCAAGAGAAAUAUAAUUUACUAUUCUAGUUUUCUAUCUGCCCAGCAAAGUAAAAAGAGUAAACAGGCAAAAUAUAUUAUUGAUUUACUUUCUUGAAAAGGUUUUUUUUUUUUUUUGAGGGGGUCACAUAUUUACAUCUUUCCUGCUACCAAGAAAAGAUAGGGAGAGAGGGACUUUUUAGCUGUUACCCUUCACCUUGUUGAAACAUAAAACUAUAGCAGACAAGAUUUUUGGAGUAAUUUAAACCUUAGAAGUGAAGGAGUAGAAGAAAGUCUAUGUAAAGACUAUUUUCUGAAUCUUAUUCAAUUAAUCGGCUGGCAGAUCACCUAAUGUACAAAACCCUAGAUCACUGUGCCAAAAUAAGUCUCUAAUGACACUGUUAUCCCUUUGAGCUUUGGGUAGUUCCUUCUUCUGUGGCUAUAUACCUUUAGAGUAGUUGUGUUCAACAUAGCUAAUCAGUGAACUGUUUAUGCCUAUCCAUUAGGAGAAGAGGAAACUGUACCAAACUCUAAGGAAAGUCUGGCAAUGAAAACAAAAGUUUAGUUGAAAUAAGCAUCGUAUUUGGUAACAUAAUUGGUUUAUGUUCUCAUACCAUCUCCUUAUUUCCAUUGAGGAACAAACAGUUCAGGUGCACAGACCAAGCCUUUGAGUAGCAGUGCUUUAGAACAGCGGACAGCAAACUUCUGUGUAGGGCCAGAUAGUAAAUAAUUGUGGACCAUACGGUCACAAUUAUUCUCAACUCUUCCUUGUAGCUUGAAAGCAGCUGUAGAUGUAAUGUAAAUAAUAGCUUGUUUGUGUUCCAAUAAAACUUUAUUUACAAAACAAGAA